CUAGGGGUAGAUUAGUAAUACUGAUCAACCGUAGCUUGAUUCUCAAGCUGAUAGCAGUCGGUCACAGCUUAAUAUUGACGGUAACAAAACCCCUAUAUAAACCUAAAAUUACACGCACAUACACCCUCUUUCUGAUCAAUUUCACGGUAAAAUUCAACACAAUGGCAGAGACUUCCACUGAUUCGGCCGCCUCCACGACUGACACACUCGCCGGAACUUCAACUCCGGCAACUGAAUCCUCUGCUCAAGAUGCCAAACUCCCGGAAUCUAAACGCUGGGCUGAUGUCUCCGACGAUGAAAAAGACGAUCUUGAAUCAAAAAUCGACUCCUUAGCAAUUGAAGAGCCCAAAAAAGUCAACGAGUUUCUCGAAGAUCCAGAACCUUCUAAUAUCCAAGCCGUUACUUCUGGUGAUACGCCGUACACUUCAGCGAAGAGAUUUGAAGAUUUGAAUUUAUCUCCGGAGUUGUUACAGGGAUUAUAUGUUGAGAUGAAGUUUGAGAGGCCUAGUAAGAUUCAGGCUAUUACUUUGCCUAUGAUUUUGACUCCGCCGUAUAAGCAUUUGAUUGCGCAAGCACAUAAUGGUUCCGGGAAGACUACUUGUUUCGUUCUUGGAAUGCUGAGUCGUGUCGAUCCCAAAUUAGCUGCUCCUCAGGCUCUUUGUAUUUGUCCUACCAGGGAACUCGCAAUGCAGAAUCAGGAAGUUCUUGAGCGGAUGGGGAAGUAUACAGGAAUUUCUUCCACAUUGGCAAUUCCUAUGGAAGAUAUGCCUAUUGGGAAAAUACCACCAGUAACCAAACAAGUAGUGAUCGGCACCCCUGGUACCAUUAACAAGUGGUUUACAGCGAAAAAAUUAGGCAUGGGUGCUAUGACUAUUCUUGUAUUUGACGAGGCAGACCACAUGCUUGCGGAGGGUGGUUUUAAACAAGAUUCUGAGAGGAUAAUGAAAGGCAUAGUAAAAAUCAGCCCUAAAUGUCAGGUUCUCCUGUUUUCUGCAACCUUUAAUGAUGCAGUGAAAGACUUUGCAACAAGGAUUGUAACACAAAUCUCUGUGAAUGAGUACAAUCAGUUGUUUGUAAAAAAAGAAGAGCUCUCCUUGGAUUCUUUGAAGCAGUAUAAAGUGUAUUGUCCUGAUGAACGUUCCAAAAUUAUGGUUAUAAAAGACAAAAUUCUUGAGAUGGGCCAGAAGGUGGGCCAGACGAUUAUAUUUGUCAAAACAAGAAAUAGCGCUAGCAUGUUGCAUAAAUCACUAGUAGAAUAUGGUUAUGAAGUGACGACUAUUCAAGGUGCUCUUAAGCAGGAAGAUAGGGAUAAAAUAGUUAAGGAAUUUAAGGAGGGGUUGACUCAAGUUCUGAUCUCAACUGAUCUUCUAGCUCGUGGCUUUGACCAAGCACAGGUCAAUUUGGUGGUAAAUUAUGAUCUUCCAUUGAAAUAUGACACACGUGGAGAGCCAGAUUAUGAAGUCUACUUGCAUCGGAUUGGGAGAGCAGGGCGGUUUGGUCGCAAAGGAGCUGUAUUCAACUUGUUAUGCGGUGAUAGAGAUGAUAUGUUGAUGACCAAGAUUGAAAACCACUUUAACCAUCAAGUCACAGAGGUUGCCUCAUGGGAAAGUGAUAAAGAUUUUGAGGAUGCUUUGAAGAAGGCUGGUUUAAUGUAAAGAUAUUGCUAUGAUUUCCAUGCAUACUGAGUGUAGAUCUGCAUUCUACGGUUCACUGAGAAGAUGUUAUCUAUAGUGAUAAUAGGCUAUUUGGUCAGAACUUUUCGGUUGCUUGUGUACAUUUAAACUUAUGACGUUGUUGAGAGUUUUGGUUUUGAUUUUUGGUUGAGUUAAUUUAAAAAGUUCUUGCAUCAAGCACAUUGGAGGAUGAACGGAUGUAUGCCGUUGGGAGCUCAACCAGUUUUCACUGGGCACCGGGCGCAAUCAGUUAAAUGAUCCGUCUGACUAGGCCAGCUGGUUGCUGGAAGGGUCGAGCUUAUGCUUACCCAGAGGAAAACAGUAGUGUACAACACUAUAUGCACAGGCCAUAAAUCAUUUUGCCAAGUAUUCCAAUCUGAUUGAUAUUUGUAGAAUGGUGUAUUCUGAUUUAUUUUUGGUAUUUCGUUGAGCUCCAGCAGAGCCGUGCCUGAGA